GCCCGAGCGAGCUAGAGAGCGAGCGGAGCCAGAGCGCUGCGGGCUCACAAAGCGGCCGGACGCGCGGCGGCGGGUGGCAGGAGCGUAGGAGAGCGAGCCGGCGGAUCAGCCUCCUCCGCGACCGCGCCACACGAGCUCCAGCAACUCGGACGCGGGGACCCGGGCCGGCCCCCACGAUGCCGGCGAUCGCGGUGCUGGCGGCGGCGGCCGCGGCGUGGUGCUUCCUCCAGGUCGAGAGCCGGCACCUGGACGCGCUCGCCGGAGGCGCGGGCCCCAACAACGGCAAUUUCCUAGACAAUGACCAGUGGCUGAGCACCGUCUCCCAGUACGACCGGGACAAGUACUGGAACCGCUUUCGAGACGAUGAUUAUUUCAGAAACUGGAAUCCCAACAAGCCUUUUGACCAAGCUCUGGACCCAUCGAAAGACCCCUGCCUGAAGGUGAAGUGCAGCCCUCACAAAGUGUGUGUGACCCAGGACUACCAGACUGCCCUGUGUGUCAGCCGCAAACACCUUCUCCCCAGGCAAAAGAAGGGAAACGUGGCCCACAAACACUGGGUUGGACCUUCGAAUUUGGUGAAGUGCAAGCCCUGCCCCGCCGCACAGUCAGCCAUGGUCUGCGGCUCUGAUGGCCACACCUACACUUCCAAGUGCAAGUUGGAGUUCCAUGCUUGUUCCACUGGCAAGAGCCUCACCAUCCUCUGUGAUGGGCCCUGUCCGUGUCUCCCGGAGCCUGAGCCACCUAGACACAAGACAGAAAAGAACGCCUGCACAGACAAGGAGUUGAGGAACCUUGCUUCCCGGCUGAAAGACUGGUUCGGAGCCCUUCAUGAGGACGCCAACCGGGUCAUCAAGCCCACCAGCUCUGACGCGGCCCAAGGCAGAUUUGACACCAGCAUCCUGCCCAUCUGCAAGGACUCUCUGGGCUGGAUGUUUAACAAGUUAGAUAUGAACUAUGACCUCCUUCUUGACCACUCAGAGAUCAAUGCCAUCUACCUGGAUAAGUAUGAGCCCUGUAUCAAACCUCUCUUCAACUCCUGUGACUCAUUCAAGGAUGGCAAGCUCUCCAACAAUGAGUGGUGCUACUGUUUCCAGAAGCCUGGAGGUCUCCCUUGCCAGAAUGAAAUGAACAGGAUUCAGAAGCUGAGCAAGGGGAAGAGCCUGUUGGGAGCAUUCAUACCUCGGUGUAAUGAGGAGGGCUAUUACAAAGCCACACAGUGCCACGGGAGCACAGGGCAGUGCUGGUGUGUGGAUAAAUACGGAAACGAGCUGGCUGGCUCCAGGAAACAGGGCACCGUGAGCUGUGAAGAGGAGCAAGAAACUUCAGGGGAUUUUGGCAGUGGUGGCUCUGUGGUCCUCCUAGACGACCUGGAGGAUGAACGGGAGCUGGGACCAAAGGACAGAUUGGGCAAGCUGAGGGUGCACACCCGGGCAGUGACAGAGGAUGAUGAGGACGAGGAUGACGACAAAGAGGACGAGGUCGGGUACAUAUGGUAGUCCCCACUGGGAAGAGGACACGAGGUGCACACAGAAUUGCAAGUCACUUCCUACUCCUGCGUUUGUAUCUAAUAAGACUCCGCAGCACCAAGGCCUCUUCUCCAUUGUUGCUCUCUGUACCCGACCCGAGGUUUGGGAGACCACUUCUUGUCCCCAGAGCAUUCUGGUUUUGCAUAUGCUUGUGUGGGAAGAAGGGUGUUGUGUUUUGUUUUUUAGACAGGGGAAUGGCUGACUGAAUUCGAGCCCCCUUCCCUCCCGUGAGAUUUUUGCACCAAGCAUGUGAUUUAUGUGGGAUUCUGACAGUGCAGGGAGCCCCCACCUUGUAAACGUCAAAGAUGCUUUUUGAUUACCCACACCAGUGGUUAUUCCAGCAUGGUUCCCGGCCUUACGGUGUCUAAGUGCUUUUCUUGUGUCCUGUAGAUGUCGUGGAAAACACACCACACUGUACUUUUUCCCCCCCUAGCCCCACCACCCCGGGUGUUAAUAACUAAAAAUUAGUUUUCAUAUCACUCUAUCUGGCUUCCUACAAACAAGAGCCUUAAUUCAGUCAAGAGUUCCUCUGGGGAAUUGAUUUCCUUAAUAAAAAAUGGUGUCUGGA